CUAUAUGGCCAGUGCAAGCCAUAACGGGACUUCCUUAUGAACAAUGUUACGAACAGGCCUUGCGAAAUAUGACUUCCUGCUUGAAUCUGAUUGGAUUCUAUCAACUGCAGUCGACCUCAAACAGACUUCAGAGCGGUACCAGUGGAGACGCAUAUCAGAGUAACUACUCAGCUAAUUGUAAUUGAAGUUAGAAUCAUACAGUAGAUAUUACCAUUGGGAGUCAGAAAGAAAGGUAAUCAUACAGUAAGUUAAUACCGUAAGUACAAGUAAGUUAGAAUCAUAGAUAUUACAAUAUCAGGUCAGUCAGACUGAAUUAGUUCAUUCAUUGAUUGAUUGGGGAAAUCAUUGAUAUUCGGUACGGUUAGUUAAGAUGGCCGACUACGUCAACAAACAGGUGAUUGAAUUAAAAGCAGUUAAUGAAGAAAACCGGAACGGAGCAACGAGGAGCGUGAAGACUGAGACCCAUCUCUCAGAUGGAAGACUAAGACUCUACAGGCUGGCUGCUGUGUGUUUUGGAGUGCUGUGUCUUCUACAAGUCACCCUCAACAUCUCCCUGAGGCUGGCUUUCUAUAACAGAGGCAAUGUGACUGUGGAGAGAGACCAGCUACAGACCAGUUACAACACACUGACUGCAGAGAGAGACCAGCUUCAGAAGGAAAGAGAUGAUCUCAUGAGAAAUUUCUCUAAUCUGAAACAAACCUGUCCUGAUGGCUGGCAGAAGUUCAACUCCAGUUGGUACUUCCUGUCUACUGAGACUAAAACCUGGAAGGAGAGCAGAGAGGACUGUCUGGAGAGAGGAGCCGACCUGGUGAUCGUAAACAGUGAUAUGGAACAGUUUCUCUUAGGCCUCAAUAAGGGAGCCUGGAUUGGUCUGACUGACUCUGUUACUGAGGGGACCUGGAGAUGGGUGGACGACACCCCACUGACCACCCCAAGUUACUGGCACUCACAGCAACCUGAUAAUGGUGGUGACAACCCAGCAAAUGGGGAGGAGGACUGUGUUGAACUGAACACAGAAACCUGGCGUCCUGCAAAGGCAUGGAAUGACCAGUCAUGUUUAGACAAUCGUCACUGGAUUUGUGAGAAAGUGGUUUAACAUCACCAUGACAACAGAGGAGGCUGGUGGGAGGACGCGCGGUGGGAGGACAUACAGCACCUUACAGUGCUCACAACUUCAUUCUCUCUCUCUCUCUCUAAGACACACACACGCACACACACCAACACACUGCUGGUACUGUACUUAGUGGCAAACAACCUGAUAAUGGUUGUGAACCAGGAUAUACUGUAACAAGGACUGUGCUGAUGUUAAUAUUGGGUAUUCUGAGCCUGUAUAUCAACAUUCUGACAUAUCAUUUACCUCUCCUCAUAACUGGAUUUGUGAAGAGUUAUACAGUAGCUCAUUAUAUAGUAGUGCUACAGUGCUAAUGCAUCUCUCUCUAGUUAAACAGUGUAGACAUAUUGUCAUCUGAAAAAAUGCUUGUAUUCAUUGUUUUAAAUAGAAACAUGUUAAAUAGAAACAUGUUAUGUGAUUUGCCAUAGGCUUGUGCUUUUUUCAUAAUCAAUUAUUAGUACAAAUCUCUUUAGUAAAAGAUGAGGCUCAGAAAAGAAAGGCUCAGUAAGAAAGGAACCUAGCAAUUUACCAGCUUCCUGAUUGAAUGUGAUUGGAUUGUUAAAACAAUGUGACUUGCAGUUGGACACAGACGGUCGGCAGAAAAGUACUGAGAGGAUACAUGCUGCACGCAGGCAGACACACACAGACACACAGACACACAGACAGACACACACAGACACAAACACACAGACACACACACACAAACACACAGACACACACACACAGUUAGAAAGGUAAUCACAUAGUUAGUUCAGAUGUAUGACUACUUUAACAAACAGGUUAUUGAAGAACAUGAGAAAAGAGCAACAAGGAGAGUAAAUACUGAGACCCGUCGCUCAGGUAAGAACUAAGAAAACUAUCUAUCACACACAUACACGCACAUGUGCACACCUUGAAUUUCGUGAUUUUAGGCGCAAGGCUAUUUGUCCUUCAAGAGGUUCCCAAUCUGCCAGGGCACCAAGGCCAUCUGCCAGGGCACCCUGUCCAUGAUCCACAAUAACCAGUUAAAUUGAUUUGAGAAACACUAGCCAUUCUGUUAAGAAAAACAUUAGUCUAUGUAAAGGUCAUACAUAAUUAGCAUAUUGGAACAAUAGCGCUUUUAGCUUACAGCUGUGUGCAUUGCUGUUGUUAUAAUGUGAAGAAAUAGCCUAAUAGUUCAUUAACAUUUUAAGCUAAAUGUUCUGAUCUGUUGCAUCAGCCUCUUUGAUUUUCAACGUUUUUUUUGAUGUACAGUGGUUGUAUGAACCUGGGAUCUAUCGUCCCACAACUGUCCCAGAAUCUAGAAAUAUUUAUUUCUCUCACCGAACGAUAAAUGUACAUCCACUUUUGUACUAUACUAGAUUGAAAUAGGCAGGUGAUUUUUCUAUUCGUUACUCAUCUUGGUGCCAGGUUUCCUACAGACAUGAUGCUUGGCUGUCACGCCCUGGUCGUAGUAUUAUGUGUUUUCUUUAUUAUUUUGGUCAGGCCAGGGUGUGACAUGGGUUUAUUUAUGUG